UCAGAUUCCUGUCAGCGGGCAGCAGCGGCGGCAGCGGCGGCGACGGCGGCGGCGUCCGUCAGUUUUCUCUGAAGAGCCACCGCCACACGGACCCGUUGGCUCUUCCCCCUCCUCCCUCUCCCCGCCCUGACUGAACCCCUUUCCUGGCUCUCCGGCACUGAGUCCCUGUGGAGUGUUUCCCCUCCACACACUGACGCAGUUUCCUCGCUCCUCGGCCCGCUUGGAACUCCCUGUCCUCGAGGAGGCGGCGGCGGCGGCGGCGGCGGCGGCGGCGGCGGCAGCGGCAGCGGCAGCAGCGGCGGCGGCAGCUGCCCUCGCCUCACCGCCCCCGGUUCGGUCCCCGCGGUCCCGGAGAGGAGGUGCCGCCGCCACCCCCGCUCCCCCCGCUCCCCUCCCGCUGCCCUCGGGCCGGGCUGGGUCGAGCUGCGAUGCCCUCGGACUUCAUCUCAUUGCUCAGCGCGGACCUAGACCUGGAGUCGCCCAAGUCCCUGUACUCGCGAGAUUCUCUGAAGUUACACCCAUCCCAGAAUUUUCAUAGAGCUGGACUAUUGGAAGAAUCUGUCUAUGAUCUUCUCCCAAAGGAGUUACAGUUACCUCCAUCUAGAGAAACAACUGUAGCAUCAAUGAGUCAAACAAGCGGUGGUGAGGCAGGCUCGCCUCCUCCAGCUGUAGUUGCUGCUGAUGCUUCUUCAGCUCCCUCCUCUUCCUCCAUGGGCGGUGCUUGCAGCUCCUUUACCACCUCUUCCAGCCCUACCAUUUAUUCUACCUCAGUCACCGACAGCAAGGCUAUGCAAGUGGAGAGCUGCUCCUCAGCCUUGGGGGUAAGUAACAGAGGGGUAAGUGAAAAGCAGAUAACCAGUAACACAGUCCAGCAGCAUCCAUCAACACCGAAGAGGCACACAGUCUUGUACAUCUCACCACCACCUGAGGACUUGCUGGAUAACAGUCGGAUGUCCUGCCAGGAUGAGGGGUGUGCAUUGGAAUCUGAGCAGAGCUGCAGUAUGUGGAUGGAGGAUUCCCCCUCCAACUUCAGUAACAUGAGCACCAGUUCCUACAAUGAUAAUACUGAGGUACCUCGUAAAUCACGAAAACGAAAUCCAAAGCAGAGGCCGGGGGUCAAACGACGAGAUUGUGAAGAAUCUAAUAUGGAUAUAUUUGAUGCCGACAGUGCCAAAGCACCUCAUUAUGUGCUUUCUCAGCUUACCACGGACAACAAAGGCAACUCAAAAGCAGGAAAUGGAACACUGGAAAACCAAAAAGGAACUGGAGUAAAGAAAAGCCCUAUGUUGAGUGGACAGUAUCCUGUUAAAAGUGAGGGAAAGGAGCUGAAGAUACUUGUACAACCUGAGACCCAACAUAGAGCUCGGUACCUGACGGAAGGUAGCCGUGGCUCAGUCAAGGACAGAACACAGCAAGGCUUUCCUACAGUAAAGCUGGAAGGCCAUAAUGAGCCAGUAGUGUUGCAAGUGUUUGUGGGUAACGACUCUGGUCGAGUGAAACCACAUGGAUUUUAUCAGGCCUGCAGGGUAACUGGGCGAAAUACAACUCCCUGCAAAGAAGUGGACAUUGAAGGCACUACUGUUAUAGAAGUUGGCCUUGAUCCAAACAACAACAUGACACUAGCGGUGGACUGCGUAGGGAUAUUGAAAUUGAGAAAUGCUGAUGUUGAAGCCAGAAUAGGAAUUCCUGGUUCCAAGAAAAAAAGUACUCGUGCCAGAUUGGUUUUUCGAGUUAAUAUCACAAGGAAAGAUGGCUCCACUUUGACACUGCAGACACCCUCUUCUCCGAUUUUAUGUACUCAGCCAGCAGGAGUGCCAGAAAUCUUAAAGAAGAGCUUGCAUAGUUGUUCAGUGAAAGGAGAGGAAGAAGUAUUUUUAAUUGGCAAGAACUUUCUGAAAGGAACUAAAGUGAUUUUCCAAGAAAAUGUUUCUGAUGAAAACUCUUGGAAGUCAGAAGCUGAAAUCGACAUGGAAUUAUUUCAUCAGAAUCAUCUUAUUGUGAAAGUUCCCCCAUAUCAUGACCAACAUAUAACUUUGCCAGUAUCAGUGGGAAUAUAUGUAGUGACCAAUGCUGGAAGAUCUCAUGAUGUUCAACCAUUCACUUACACUCCAGACCCAGCAGCAGCUGGUGCUUUGAAUAUAAAUGUGAAGAAGGAAAUAUCUAGUCCAGCACGACCUUGCUCUUUUGAAGAGGCCAUGAAAGCUAUAAAAACUACUGGAUGUAACUUAGAAAAGGUAAAUAUUCUUCCUAAUGCUCUGAUCACUCCACUCAUAUCAAGCAAUAUGAUUAAGAGUGAAGAUGUUACUCCAAUGGAAGUGACAGCAGAAAAAAGACCGAUUUUUAAGACUACGAAGACAGUUGGACCAACUCAACAAACAUUGGAAAAUAUCUCUAACAUAACAGGAAAUGGCUCUUUUCCAUCAUCAUCAUCAUCUUCUCAUUUACCCUCUGAAAAUGAAAAGCAGCAGCAGAUUCAGCCCAAGGCAUACAAUCCAGAAACCCUGACAACUAUCCAAACACAGGACAUUUCACAGCCUGGUACCUUUCCAACAGUUUCUGCUUCUAGUCAGCUGCCUAACAGUGACGCACUACUGCAGCAGGCCACACAGUUUCAGACAAGAGAAGCUCCAUCUAGAGAGGUAUUGCAGUCAGAUGGAACUGUGAUUACUUUGUCACACCUGACUGAGGCAUCACAGCAACAGCAGCAGUCACCACUACAAGAACAAGCACAGACUUUACAGCAGCAGAUUUCAUCAAGUAUGUUCCCAUCACCAAGUAGUGUGAGUCAGAUACAGAACACGAUUCAGCAGUUGCAAGCAGGAAAUUUUAGCGGCAGUACUGCUAGUGGCAGCAGUGGAAAUGUUGACUUGGUUUUAGAGGCACAACAAGUUUUAGAGGCACAACAACAGUUAUCUUCAGUUUUGUUUUCUACUCCAGAUGGUAAUGAGAAUGUUCCAGAACAGCUUAGUGCAGACAUUUUUCAACAAGUCAGUCAAAUUCAAAAUAGUGUAAGCUCUGGAAUGUUUUCCCAGACAGAACCAGCAGUCCAUACCAGACCAGAUAAUUUAAUAGCUGGAAGAGCUGAAAGUGUUCACUCACAGACUGAAAAUACGUUAUCUAAUCAACAGCAACAGCAACAGCAGGUGAUGGAAUCAUCAGCUGCAAUGGUGAUGGAGAUGCAACAGAGUAUCUGCCAGGCCCAGAUUCAGUCAGAAUUAUUUCCUUCAACUGCUUCAGCAAAUGGAAAUCUUCAGCAGUCUCCAGUUUACCAGCAGACUCCUCAUAUGAUGAGUGCAUUACCUACCAGUGAGGACAUGCAAAUGCAAUGUGAAUUGUUUUCUUCUCCUCCUACAGUUUCUGGAAAUGAAACUAAUACAACCACCACACAACAGGUUGCAACCCCAGGCACUACCAUGUUUCAAACUUCAAGUUCAGGAGAUGCAGAGGAAACGGGCACACAAGCAAAACAGAUGCAGAACAGUGUCUUUCAGACCAUUGUCCAAAUGCAACAUAGUGGGGACAAUCAACCUCAAGUUAACCUUUUUUCAUCUACGAAAAGUAUGAUGAGUGUUCAGAAUAGUGGUGCCCAGCAACAAGGUAAUGGUUUAUUCCAGCAAAGUAAUGAAAUGAUGUCACUCCAAUCUGGGAAUUUUUUGCAGCAGCCUUCUCAUUCACAGGCUCAGCUUUUUCAUCCUCAAAAUCCUAUUGCUGAUGCUCAGAACCUUUCACAGGAAACUCAAGGUUCUAUUUUCCACAGCCCAAGUCCUAUUGUUCACAGUCAGACUUCUACAACCUCCACUGAACAGAUGCAGCCUCCAAUGUUUCACUCUCAAAGUACCAUGGCUGUGCUACAGGGCUCUAACGUUCCUCAAGAUCAGCAGUCAGCCAACAUAUUUCUUUCCCAAAGUCCAAUGAAUAAUCUUCAAGCUAACACAGUAGCCCAGGAAGAACAGAUUUCAUUUUUUGCAGCUCAGAACUCAAUUUCUCCACUUCAGUCAACGUCAAACACUGAGCAGCAAACUGCUUUCCAACAGCAGCCUCCAAUAUCACACAUUCAGACCCCUAUGCUUGCCCAAGAACAGGCACAAUCCUCCCAGCAAGGUCUAUUUCAGUCUCAGGUAUCCCUGGGCUCCCUUCCUCCUAAUCCAAUGCCUCAAAACCAACAAGGGACAAUCUUCCAGGCACAGCACUCAAUAGUUGCCAUCCAGAGUAACUCCCCAUCCCAGGAGCAGCAGCAACAGCAGCAGCAACAGCAACAGCAGCAACAGCAACAGCAGCAACAACAACAGAACAUUUUAUUCAGUAAUCAGAACACCAUGGCUACAAUGGCAUCUCAAAAACCACCACCACCAAACAUGAUAUUCAACCCAAGUCAAAAUCCAAUGGCUAAUCAGGAGCAACAGAACCAGUCAAUAUUUCACCAACAAAAUAAUAUGGCCACAAUGAAUCAAGAGCAACAACAGCCCAUGCAAUUUCAGAACCAGCCCACAGUUUCCUCACUUCAAAACCCAGGUCCUACCCAGUCCGAAUCGUCACAGACAUCCUUGUUCCAUAGUUCUUCUCAGAUGCAACUGGUCCAGGGGUCACCCAGUUCUCAAGAGCAGCAAGUAACUCUUUUCCUCUCUCCAGCAUCCAUGUCUGCAUUGCAGACCAGUAUAAACCAACAAGAGAUGCAACAGUCUCCUCUUUAUUCCCCUCAGAACAACAUGCCUGGAAUCCAAGGAGCCACAUCUUCACCUCAACCACAGGCUACUUUAUUUCACAACACUACAGGAGGCACAAUGAACCAACUACAAAAUUCUCCUGGCUCAUCUCAGCAGACUUCAGGAAUGUUCUUAUUUGGCAUUCAAAAUAACUGUAAUCAGCUUUUAACUUCUGGACCAGCUGCAUUGCCAGAUCAGUUGAUGGCCAUAAGUCAGCCAGGCCAACCACAAAAUGAGGGCCAGCCACCUGUGACAACACUUCUUUCUCAGCAAAUGCCAGAGAAUUCUCCACUGUCAUCCUCUAUGAACACCAACCAGAACAUGGAAAAGAUUGAUUUGCUUGUUUCAUUGCAAAACCAAGGGAACAACAUGACUGGCUCCUUUUAACUGGAUAUAAAUUCCAUGAAGAAAAUCCUGAUUCCAAGAUGUCCUGAGAUCUUGUGAUUCCAUGAGGAUUAUUGAACUGUUACUUUAAAAACAAAAUGAGAUAUGAAAAACUGUGAUUGAGUAAAUGGAUAGAUUUUACUCUUGCUGCAAAAGAGCACACCUAUGCUGCCUGUUGCAGUGAUUAGCCACCAUCGUUAACAUGUUCAUAUUUUCUAUUCCUAAUAGCACUGAUGACUGAGAAUCUGCUUGAGUUUCCAGCUGACAGAAUUAAUUGUUGCUAUUUUCCUAGGGGCUAUUUAAAAGUACAGUUUAAAUUUAAAAGCUGGACUGCUCAGUUAUUAAUGCUAUUAGAAAAUAAUCCAUAUUGUCAUGUUUACUUUUGUUCUUUGUCAUUUUCUUUCCUGCAUUGUUUUAGUCAAAUAACAGCUUUUGAAAAAGGAAAAUUCAGAUAAUAACUAAGGCUGUGAUUUUUUCAUUAUGAAAAGCACAGCUAUUGGCCAAAGUGAAGGAAUCCUUUUUCAGUAGAAAACUGGAGAGGUAGCAUUCUGACAAAUAAGCUGUUCACAGAUAAGAGGCUUCUUUAUCACAAAGGCAGACAACACACAACUGGGAACAGCUGGAGUGCUAUUGAUUUUAUUUUUCAGAUUGCUGUUAAAUUCUCUGUAUUUCUGAUAAGGAGUUCAGCCAUAAGUACAUAGGAGAAUAAUUAUCUUGCUCUUUAAACAGUGAAGGGGAUAAUAUUACGGUAAAUUAUGUUCCGAUAUCCUCCUGCAGUAGUUUAAAUUGACAUCAAUUUAAAUCUGUUUUCUUCUUAACCUAGUCUUGGGCUGGUUGUUCCCUUUUUAUAUUCAUCUAUAUUAUUCCCCUUCUUUUCACUUUAUUUUAGACAAUUGGUAAAAUAUUCCUAGCUUUGUGACCCUGUAGCAUCUUAAAGGAAAGGCCACUUAGACCUGGGGUAGCCUAGCUAGUCCUGCAGCACAGGUAGGGGUGUAAAGAGAGCUGAUUCCUGAGAAACAAAAAACAAUGCAUUUUUCUCCAUGAACGGUGCUGUUCUGAAGUCUUCAAAUUUUUCCCUCUAAUGGGAAACAGUAUAAAUUUUAAUUUUUAAAAGGCAAAGUAAAAUUUCUUGAAGCAUAACUUCUCCGUGAGCUGCAGUGAGUGUAAUUCACUUGUCACCUCAGUGCUUUACAGUUUGAAGUGGUCACUAUCUGAUGGUUCCCACAAGCCUUAGGCUUUACAGGGUCAUAUCAUGACUUAAAAUGAAGAAUUAACUUGUGUUACAUCUAUAGACAGCAAAAUAACACACUCCAGAACUUGUAUUUGUAGCAGUUAUACAGUUUUGUGUGUUCUUACUACCCGUGGGAUGCUUGCUUUUCAUUACAACCUGUUGUCUAGACACAUGCUUAUGUUUUAUUUUUCUUUUGGCAUGUAGAAAGCUGUUAAUACAGUUUAAGGCCAAAUUGUGUGUGGCUUCUAUACGUAGAUAAGAUGUUUUGGUAUCUUAUCAGUUUCAUUUAUUUUUUAAGUGUACAAAAAAUAGCCUGCUGAUUGCUUGUUGAAGGCUAUUUUUCUAUUUGUUUUUGUUGUUGUUGUUUUCUAUCCUAUACAUUUAGUUAAACUUAGUGGAAUUGUGGUCUUGAUUUUGUUUAUACAGCCAGAUUUUUCCCCUUUUUUGUGUGAUCUUCCUUGGUUCUUUGAAUGUGCUCUUCUAAUUUUUUUUUUCUUCUCUUUGUACUCAUAUAUUCUUCCCAUUACUCCCAACCUUCCUUUUUCUCUCUGAUUGAGAGGCAUUGAAUUACGUUUUCAGUAGUACAGGCUUCUUGCCGAUAUGAAGGGAACUUUUCAGAAAGAGACCUACUCUGGGUCAUUUAAUUUUGAAUACAGUUUUCAAUCGUUCAAGUUUUGGAUGGUUUAUAUCUAAUGUGUGUUUCAUUUUUUUGGAAAGCUAUAUUUUGUAUUUAGGAAAUGGUAUACUAUUUUGCUAUUUGUACUGAGUGAGUACAUUGGCAUAAAUAUAGAAAUUUAUAUAUAUACAUAUAUAUAAACUAUUCUUUUUUGCCACACAUUUUUGUGGUAAAUUUGUGAGUUUGUCUGAUGUUCUACCACAACGUGGCGUCUGAUAACAGUGGGGGGGGGGGGGGUGUUGUUAUGUCUUUAUUGAGUAUUUAAGUAUCUUUUGAAACAAAUGACCUGUUUAUCUGUGGCCAUUCCAUCAGGCAGUUCUUUGAUGUUCCUAGUGGGCUAAAGGCAGCUUACUGUGUGUUUGCUGGAUACUCAGCAAAAUGUUAGAGUAAGGAAACCCAUCUAGGCAGUUGUGUCAAAUGGUGUUUCACAAGAAUGAGCCAUUCAGUCUUUGCUCACUAUAUAUUUAAUAUUUUAUUAUUGUUAUUAUUAUUAAUUGGCUUUCUGUGUUCUAUGCUUUUUUAUUUAUAAAGACACUAAAAAUGUUUGUAAUUUUAAUAACAUUUUCCCCAUCUUGUAAUAUCCAGAGCUACUUUAUAAAUUCUCUGAACUGAAAGCAUUUUCCUCAAUAUAUCUCUUCUCCCCCCCACCCUUACCGAGAAAAAUUACUCAAUAUAGUGCAGGUUAGGAGAAAGGCCAGCCACACAAUCCAGCGCUUCAGUUUUAAAAUGUAAAACUCCAACUACAGAGGGUUAACAAAUGCCAGAAAGCUUAUCCAGCAAGUAUAAAAAUAAGUAGAAAUAAAAUACUCUAAGUUUAUUUCUGAGUUUUCUGAACUCUUUUCUAAGAGAUAUACAGGAGACUCGAGAAGUCUAUUUGUUCACCAAAUUCUAAUUAGAAUGUUAACAUUGCUCUAUGGAUUAAGUGGUGGCAAGAAGACUGGCUGUGUGCUGAUUUCUAUUGUUUAGCAAGAGGUUUAUCAUUAUAAAAUGCUGAUUGCCAAUGCCAAGUCACCAGGGACCAAUUUUCUGUUUUAUAAUAUCUAAGUUUAGAACAGAACAUACACCUGAAUGGUUUGAUUGGACAGAAGCAGAAAACCCAGUUUUUAUUUUCAUAAAAUUUGUGGUUAUUUAUACAAGGGCUGUGCUAUGCUACCAUAUUCUUAUUCAAUAAUGAUAUUGUUAUUAUUAUUUUUUUAACAUUGUUAAAUGUUCCUUACCCCUAAAGGUCAAUGUUAGGUACAGCAUUCUGAAUAUACAAUUUGGUUACAAAAGUAUUUAUCUUCUUAUUGAAGAGUUAGCUUAGUGGUCAGUGGUUGAUACUUGUGCUAAUAAUACAGUUUCCAGAUUACUGUUACAAGUUAUUUAUGGCAGAAGGUCUUAAGUAAGUUAUGAACCACAUUUUAUUCCUUUGUAUUAUUCCAUUCAAUUGUUCUUGCUUUUAGCAACUCAUAUUAAUGCUUGGAGCUUAUCUCUGUCUGUGUUAGUGUUUGUGUGUGUUUUAUUCCUCACUGUCAUUUCAUUAUAUAUCCACACCAACAUGGGAGAAGAUAAUUAGAAGUCAUAUUUUGCUUCUGAGCUUUAUCAUGUUACCUUUGUAGUUAGAGUCAUGUUGUUAUUUAGCCAAUGCAAAUCUGUUUUCACCAGUCUCCCUAGAAUAGGCUUUGUAGAGGGCUUUGUUAUAGAAGCAGUAUUAUUGAGGGACCUUCAUUCUUUUCUUCCCUCCUUCCUUCCUUUUUCCCCUCCUUCCUUUCUUUUUUCCUUUCUUGUCCUCCCUUCCUCCUCCUCCUCCGCCGCCUCCUCCUCCUCCGCCUCCUCUUCUUCUUCCUCCUUUUUCUCUUUCUUUUUGUAAUACUGUAUAUGCUAUAGUUGGGAAUUUUAUUAUAUGUGUAUUUCUGGCCCAUCAGAACUUCAUUUAAUCUGCUAAGGGGAAGUUGUGUCCAAGGAAAUGAGAAAGUAGUUACAGCUGAGUCCCUCUAGAAUUAAGAUAAUUCCUUUUGACUAAGCCAUUCUGGAUGCUUGUUUUGGAAAAGUAAGAUCUGUUUAGACUCAGCACUAAUUAAAAAACAGAAUUAGAUGCUUUAAUUAAUAAGUCAAAGUCUCAAAUUCAAUAUGACUUAAAAAUAUUCACCAGAAGUAACUUGAGAAUUUUUCAUCUUUCUGGUGAAAUUUUCUGUUCCAAUAUCUGUUUCCUACUUGAUUUUUUUUUAAUCAAUUGAAAAUUAUAUGAAGACCUGUGAGCUUUACUUAGCUUCAUGACCACAGGCUGAAUCCCUAGCCAAGACAACCAUGUUAUAGCUGUAAGCCUUUGGUUAUAUGCAGGGAAGGACUUAAUGAAAGAGAGAGACUGAAUAGUUUAGCAGCUCUAUUAGAAUAAUAACUUAGAGAAUAUACCCUACUAAGUGGUUUAGUAAAACCUAAUAACAUAUAUAAAAAGGUUUUCUCCUCUGCUUAUUUGUAUCAGUAGAACUAAAUUGUGGAGAUAAUGUUCCUAAUGUAGUAAAUGUCAAAAUAAUACCUACCAUGUAAUUUGUGAAUUGUCCCAGGGCUAUAAUUACUUUAGUCCCCAUUGAUUUUCAUGCCAUUCUAGCCUCACUUAUUAAUGAAAUUAUAUUUUUAUUCUACUUUCUCUUUUGGACAUUUUAAAAUUAAUAUAAGUAUCUAAAUCAAAUAAGAGAGUGUCUUUUACGAUGAUAGUGUACUUUUUCACUAUAGCCAAAAAUACGUUAUUUUAAUAGGUCCUAGUUUGAACUUUUCCACGUAGUCAUUCUCUUUUCUUUGUUUCUUUCUUUUCUUUUUGAAGAUCUAAUUGGUUUUAUUAAGCAGUUCAUGAAUUGGGCAGCAUCCCAUCCAGCAACCAUAGAAAGGCACGAUAAGGGGUUGUGCCAAAUGGAAGGUUUUUAUAGCUCUUUUUCUUAACACAGGAAACAACUUCGUAAGUUUCUAACUUCUUUUUGCAUAAGAGUAACAUAAAAGAUACAUUACCAGAAUCAUUCCUGUGAGGGAGGGUAAGUAAAAGAUUACAGAAUUAUACUAUUUAGGUUUUAUAUAAAUUAACUAAAUUUGUCUUCAUCUCAGCCAACUAAUGAUAGGUCUUACUUGAAUGCUAAUGAAAAUUUUACUACCUGUGAGACUCCAUGCACACAAAUGUGUGUAGUUAAAUUUCAGGAGGUGUUCAAAGCAUCUUCUGUGACCUUAAUUAGAUGAGUGAAAACAAGUCACAAACACAUAGUUUAAAUAAAAUCUGGUAAUGUCAGUUUUUCUAACUAGACAGGGCCAACUAAUUAAUUAUAGUGCACUUCUUGCUCAUCAGAGCCUCAGUAAUCUACCUAUGAAAGACAGUGUUAAAAGAAAUGAAGAAGUUAUAUUGGAGUCUAUCCAGAUCUAAGAUCUGAAUUGAGUGACCCUCUGGUUUUUGUUAAUUUUGCCUAUGUUCCAUCCAGCUCCUUAUCACGAUUGUGGUGCCUGAAGAAAGGACCAUCAAUGACAGGUCAGGAUAGAAUUAGCUUUGGGAUGAACUGCUUUCCUCAUGUGAGUAUUCCAUGGUUGUUAGUGACACUGAAGACUGCAGACAUUUAUGCAAUAUUCCUAAUACCCUAUUGACAUUAUGCACUUUAAUCAUUCCAAAGAAGUCAAGAAUGCUGUAUAGUGAUGAUUUCUUCUUAAUGAAUACAUCUUAUCUAUUUAGAAUAUUUAUGUCCCUUUUUAUUUUGGACAGUAAGAAUAAGUGUUAUGUGAAUAUUUUCUAAAAUGAUUAUAGUAGGACUUAGACUUUGAAAUGUAAUUGACUAUAAGGGGAAAUAAUUACACUUCAGAAAAUCAUUUUAGAAAAUAUGUUUGAGAGUUAAUUAAACCCAGCCCUCUUCCUAUAUAUUUUAUGUCAUGUACAUAAGAACAUUACAGUAUAUAGUUUUCUACAUAUAUAAUAUGUAUAAUCCAGUGGUUCUCAAAAUAUGUCCUUAGCCUACCAGCUAACAUCAGUAUCAUGUGGGAACUAGUCAGAAAUGCAAAUUCUUUGGGCUUCUCCCAGACACUCUGAAUCAAAAACUCUGGAGUGGGGCACAGCAGUCUGUUUUAACACCCUCCAGGUGGUUCUGGUGCAUGCGUGAAGUUUGAGAACUAUUGGUAUAAACUAUUUACAAUAAGAUCUAGAAAGCUGGUUUUUCCCUACUCAUAUAGAUAGUUAUAUUUUGUUCUCUAUGUAAAUUCAGCUUGACUUGGUUAUUCAUAAUCCUUUAUUGGCAAUGAUAACUUAUUCUCCAUACUGCUUAUAGUAUAUUUUAUGUAUAUAUGCAGUUAGUCUAGUUAUUGAUAUUUCAGUUAACCUAGUUGGUCAUAUUCCUACCACUUACUAAAAAGUUUACAUUAAGUGACUGAUUUAAAGAUAUAGGUGCAAUGUUUUAUAUUUCUUUUAGUUGUUAUGACAUUUAAGUAGCUAAUAUAAUUGACAGGUGCUAAAUUGUUCUGUUUAUGCAUAAAAUGGGUACAUUGUUGGCAGUAAUAAUACAAGCUUUUUUUUUUUUUUUUUUCAUUGCCUCUUAUUUUACCAGCAGACAACAAUUUUGAUGUGGCUAGGCCAACUCUCAGAACAAAUUUGUCAUUCCUAUAUUUAUAUUUGUAUCUGAGAUAUUAAACAAGAUGAUUGGCCAGAUCAACAAAGCACCUUAUUUAAUUUUUUUUUUAAUACAUGAAAAUUCUUUAAAAGUAGCUUGCUUAGGAUGAGAACUGCUGCAGUAGAGUUAUAACUAUCCUUGGAAUUUAUGCUUCAGACAAUAAUUAUUUACUAAAAUAAAUCUUAAACAAGACAGUAAUGCAUUAUAUAAUUUGGGCAUUUCUCCCUUGUCAAUGUAUGCACCAUGGUAAAUAUAAACUAAUCACCACAAGUCAAGUGAUUUAUUCAUUCAUUUUCAUCUUCCUGUGUAAUUUAAUACCUCUGUAAUUGUUCUAAUCUUCCUCCCGCUGUUUACAAGUCAAUUAAUUAACUCAUGAAAGAAAAAUGCACAUUUCAAACUAAAACUAAUUUUAUACUCUAUAAAAAUCACACUGCUUAAUGCUAGCAGUGGAAAUGUAAGUGGCUUACUCUACAAACUAUGGUGCUGGCAGAUACAUAGGCAAACCGUUGGGAGAUGCUCUAGUACAUUCCUCCUUUCUUGUUCCCUUUCCUCUUUCUCCCCACUUGAUUGCUUAAUAGUAUUCCUGUGCCCAAAACACUCUACCAUAAUUCUCUUUGACUUUAACUUGUAAUAUCUCUUUUAAAAGCCCAUAUUUAAGCCUCAUAUCACCCCUGCUCUUUUUUCUCCCAGAAGUAAUUUGCCUGAUUUGAAUAGCUCGUGGGGAUCACUUGUUAUUUUAGCUAAUGAACCUCAGGACAGCACACACACACACAUACACACACACACCCCAUCUCAGAUGUUUGAGAAUGGAAUUGGAAUCAGACUAAUGUGUCCAAUAAAGACUGUCCUGCACUGAAGUGAUUAUGACUUCAGGGACUACAAACUGAUUCCAAUGACAUUCAGGUAAUUUCUUUUCAUCUAAUGAAUGUAUCUUCUCACCUUGUUCCCUAACUUCUAAUUGAUAAGCUCCAAGUAGUUGCUAAUUUUUUGACACCUUUUACUUCAUCUUCUUAAUAAAUAUAUUACAAGUAUUUCAUUUAACCGAUUCUCAAGUGGUUUAACUACCAUUCUGCCAUUUAAGUUUUAUUUGCUUGAGCACACUGAUCAACCACUGAACUGCCUUCUUCCAUUGUCCUACAAUGACUAUUUUUGUGUAUGUGGCUUUCAUAGUUGGGGUUGCAGAGCACUGACAGAUAUUUUCAGUUUGUUCUCUGGGGGAAUUUUUUUUGCAUCUAUGUUUUUAGCUAUCUGUGAUAACUUGUUAAAUAUUAAAAAGAUAUUUUGCUUCUAUUGAACAUUUGUAUACUCGCAACUAUAUUUCUGUAAACAGCUGCAGUCAAAAAUAAAAAAAUUGAAAGUUUUCA